AUGGAGAUUAGCCCACAACCACCAGGCAGAGGAAAAGAGAAGCCAUCAGCCCCCCAGCUGCAGUUCCCGCUGCAAGCUACGGAGACAGCGAGACAGGCUGGGAUACCAAAGAUGAUGACUAGAAAGAUUAAUCUUUGGGACAUUAAUGCUCACAUAACCUGUCAUUUAUGCAAUGGAUACCUGAUUGACGCUACCACUGUAACAGAAUGCUUACAUACUUUUUUUAGAAGCUGCUUGGUGAAGUAUUUGGAGGAAAACAACACCUGUCCAACAUGUCAGAUUGUUAUACACCAGAGCCACCCAUUACAGUAUAUCAGUCGUGAUAGAACAAUGCAAGAUAUUGUUUACAAACUUGUGUCAGGCCUCCAAGAAGUGGAAAUGAAAAAGCAGAUGGAAUUCUAUCACAAACUGGAGGAAGUACCAGGGGACAUCAAAGGGGAGAAGUGCUCUGCAAAACAUCAUCUAGAAUCACAUCACAAUGGAGAAACUAAACGUGAUGGAAUCAAACAAACUACUGAAGAAAAACAGGAAGAAGACAAUGACUAUCAUCAAAGUGAUGAACAGGUAGGUGUGGAGAAGUUUGGUUUAGAGAAUUUCGUUAAGUUUUGA